GGGGGCGUGGGGAGGGUCUGUCCCCCUCUUGGCAAUGGCUGUGGGCCAGUGCUGUGCCCUAAUCCCACAACAUGCCAACACCGGGUGCUAUUUUCUCCUCCCCCUCCUCCCCAUCCAUAUCGUUUUCCCACCAAAGGAGUGCUCGGUUUAAAACAAACAAACACAGAAAUGUAUUUCGGUGCCGGCAGCCCGUUCCUCACCAAAUAAGGCAGAUGACAGGUUUGUUUUUAGUCUCUGGCUUACUGUGUGUCCCUUUAAGCAGCCCCAGGCUCUGUGCAUUGCCGUCUCCAAAUCCCUCUGGCUUUCCCCAAGCCCUCCAUUCUGCCAUUCUGUAAUGCAGAGGUACGACCCUACAACUUCAUCCUAUCGCUGCUGCAGAGCCAGAGCCAGGCUGGCAGCACGGGGGGGUCCCAUAGGAACCCCCGCUCUCGGUUUGGGGACGCUGCUGCCUUAGGGCUCUUUGCUCAUUCGCUCAAAUCCCAUCCGUCUCGCAGCCAGCGCUGCUCGGGGGAAGGUGCUGAGCGCAGGGUCCUGCGGCGGCUCUGCGGCUCGCAGCUCCCUGACACCUUCCUUGGAGUCUGGGGGUUGCUCUCAGCCCCGCUCGCUGCCAGUGGGCAGCAUCCAGGCUCUUCUUUUUCCGGGGUUUUUCUUUUUGAUUUUUUUCUCUCUCUCUCUUUUUUUUUUUCUUCUCCCCCCCCUUAAAAUUCAGCUUGUUUUCUCUCCAGCCCCUCUUUCCUCCGGCAGCGCAGGGGAUGCUGUGGACACGGAGCUCCCCGGCUGCCCCGCGGCAUCAACGCCCAAGCUCGGAAGCUGCAGCGGCACCGGGCUCGGGGGGCCAUGCGGGUGCUGGCGGGCGCUAAGAGGCUCGGCACCCCCCCGGCCUUGCGGCGCAGCCUCAGCGAGAGCAGCUUGAGCCGCCCUCGGGACGAGGAGCUCCGGCGGCACUGCCCCGCGCUGCGCGGCCCCGAGGAGCGGAGCGGGAGCAGCAUGCGGUAUUCCCUCUACCACUCCCCGCACCUCCUGCUUCUGCAGGGCUACAGCCAGCAGCAUGACAGCCUGGUGUACCUGCUGAACCGCGAGCAGCACACGGUGGGCCAGAGGACGCAGGCGAGCAAACCCAGCAUCAGCCUUUCAGCACCGGACAUCCUACCCCUGCACUGCACCAUCAGGAGGCUGCGAGCAUCGUGGCACCGCUCGGAGGAGAAGUUGGUGCUGGAGCCCAUCGCCGGUGCCGGCGUCUCCGUGAACUUCUCUGCGGUGACUCGGACUGUUGAGCUGCGGCACGGGGACCUGCUGUCCCUCGGGCUCUAUUACCUGCUGCUCUACAAGGACCCCAUGAAGGCACAACCGCUGCCGGCACAGACCCUGCUGAGGCUGCGGGCCCUGCACCCCGAGGGCCCCUCUGUAUGUGGGACAUGCGGCAGCCUGCUAAAAGAGCAGGGGGGGCUUAAUGCCAACCGACAGAGCCCUGAGCCCACCGACGGCCCCAGGGCUCCCCGCAGGAGGCUGCAGCUGGAGUUUGAGCCGGAGGUUGAGGAUUUGUUGCUGCGGCGCAUCAUGACGCUGAUCGAGCCGGGGGGGGACGACCACAAGCUGACACCUGCCUUUCUGCUGUGCCUCUGCAUCCAGCACUCGGCCACCAGCUUCCAGCCUGGGGACUUCGGGCAGCUGCUGCUCAAAGCGGCCAAAAUGAUCCAGAGGACAGUGUGGGAGCGCACACGGGAGCUGGCCGAGAAGCAAUCCCAGCACCAGGACCCCGCUGCCCUGUCCUGUUUCACCAUUGCUGAUCUGCUGCCAGACCUGCAGCACAUCCUCUUCUGGAUGUCCAACGCCAUUGAGGUGCUCUACUUCGUCCAGCAGAAGUCCCCCACCUACAUCCAGAGCAUGGAGGAGGAGAUGGAUGUCAAAGGCUCCAAGGAGUCUCUGUUCUCCUCGACCAUCACAGCCAGCGAGGAGGCGAUGACGGUGCUGGAGGAGGUGAUCAUGUACACAUUCCAGCAGUGUGUCUAUUACAUCUCCAAGUGUCUGUACAUCUCGCUGCCGGCCCUGCUGGAGUGCAACCCCUUCCAGAAUGAGAGCCGUGAGGGCUGGAGGGCAGCCCCAGCGCUACCCGAGGAGCUGCGCCGUGUAGUGCUCAUCUACCAGGCAGCACUGGACCUGCUCCGGCAGUAUGAGGUGCACCCUGAGAUCACCUCCCAGAUGUUCGCCUACCUCUUCUUCUUCUCCAACACGCUGCUUUUCAACCAGCUCCUGGAUAAGGGCUCCUCUCUUGGCUGCUUCCAUUGGUCUCAAGGUGUGAAGCUGAGAGCCAGCGUGCGGCUGCUGCUGGACUGGCUGCGUGGAGCCGGCUUUGAGCAGCUCUCCCAGCAGUUCUUUGCUAAGCUGGCCAGCGUGGCCAACCUGCUGGCCAUGCCCGGCUCCCAGCUGCUGCAGAUGACGUGGCCAACCCUGAGAGCUGAGUUCCCAGCGCUGAGCCCUGCGCAGCUGCACCGGGUGCUGAGCCAGUGCCAGGUGGCCAUGGAGGUGGGCAGCGUGGCAGCAUGGCAGCCCUGGGAUGAGGAGAGCACGGCUGCCUUCCUACCUGACACAGUGCUGGAAUCCUUCGACAACCACCCCCCCAUCGUCCUGCCCAGCGCAGGCUUCAAGGUGGACCUGGAUGUGGAGACGUUGGAUGACAACAUCUACCGGCACCUCCUCUACAUCCGCCACUUCCUCUGGAGCCUGCAGAGCAAGAGCCCCCAUGGCAGCGAGGGGCCGUGCUCAGUCCCUCCAAAGAGUGAGCCGUCCAUCCCAGAAGUGCUGGAAGUGAGUCCAAGCCCAGUUAUGACCCCGGGGAGCACUGUGCCCCCAUCGGGACGCUGCACCCCUGGGGGCUGCACUGACCUGGAGGCAGAUGAGGCCCCUCUGCUCACCUCGACCACCAAUGGGUGCCCCCGGCAGCACCCCACCGGUGAGCAGCAGCUCCAGGAGAAGCUCCAGCAGCUGCAGCUGGGCAGAGGCCCGGCCCCCCCGGCCCCCUCCUGCCUGCUGACACCACCCACCACCCCCCUGAACUUCGACUCAGCCGGCCCCGAGUCCCCGCAGGGCACAACCAAAGGACUGCAGGACCCGAGGAGGAACGGGAUAAACAGCACCAAAAGUGGCAGCCCUGAAGGCUGCUCGCCAACCCCCUACGACUUCCCCACACCGGAGUCCUCCAGCCGCAGCUCGGCCACUGAUGACUUCUGCUACGUCUUCGUGGUGGAGCUGGAGAGGGGAGCGCUGGGGCUGGGGAUGGGGCUGAUCGAUGGCUUGCAGCACACACCGCUGGGCUCCCCGGGCAUCUACAUCCGCACGCUGAUUGAAGGCAGCCCCGCGGCGGCUGACGGCCGGCUGGCCAUAGGGGACCGCAUUCUGGCUGUCAACGGCACCAGCCUCAUCGGAGCCGAUUACCAAAGUGCUGUGGAUCUCAUCCGCUCUGGAGGGAAGAAGCUGAGGUUUCUGGUUGCCAAAUCAGACAUGGAAAUAGCCAAAAAAAUCAUCUCCAGCUCUGCAUCCUCUUAACUCUCGUGGUAUGAGGGUCCGUCUGCAGGAGCAGCUCUGGUUAGGGCCAAACUGAUGAGGCCCAGGGUGCACGAGGGAGAGCCAGGACUGCACAGCUGCCCUCCAUUUGCUUCCCAGCACCUUGCCCUGCACUGCAGUGGAUGGAAGGACAUACUGGGGUGCUGCACGCUUCUCCCCUGAUCCAUUGCCCGGCCUCCCCUUACAGCUUGCACCUUACAGCUGCACCUACACCCCGGGAGCAUCCCUGUUCCUUCAGCUCCUGGCAGAGGGCAGGAAGGCUGUGGGCAGCUCCUCGUCCCCCCCAGCUGAUGGCCUCGCAUGGCCCUCCUUGCUCAGGCACAGGCAUUCAGGAUGGCGUUCCAGUUCUCCUGUUCAACUUUCAUAUUUGCAGGUCAGGUUCAAGACAGCACUGGGAUAUCAAGGUUGCAGAGCCAGGCCCUGACAGCCGCAGGGUGGGCUGGAAUAGAGGCAGGUGCAGGUGCCCAGCUCUGGGGUGGUAAAUGCAGCACAAACAUCCAGAGCAGGAUCCCAAGCAGGACACCUUGCUGGGAGCCCCGGUGCCAUACCCACUGUCAGGUGCCUUUCUGCUGCUGGGCUCCAAUCUCACUGCCCCCAGCCCUGCUGUGGGAGGGGACACAGCUUUAGCCAAGGGUUGACACCACCAGCAGUUCCCUGAGGCAGAGCCCUGCAGAAUAGGGCUCUCAUCCUUGCACAGAUUUAUUGCCUGGCUCUGGCACUACAGCCCUGGCAGAUGCCCAGCCCAGACCCCAGAGCUGGCCCAGCAGAGUGGGACAUUCUGGAGCAGCCAGGUUCACUUUCCCAAUACAGGAGGUGUUGGCACCGUGUCCUGUCCACUCCCUCCAGCUCUUUGGGGCCAUUGCAAGUCUGCCCUGUAUCCCACCCAGCUCAGAGCAUCUCAGAGGUGCUACUGCUGCUGGGCUGCCAGGUGAUGGGAUGCAGCACAGGAAGAAAGUCAGGCUUCAAAGUCCCAGCAGCAGUUCUUUGACCCUGCAGCACGGUGUGGCAGGGCUGCACUGGCAGUUCCACCCUGCAACUGCUUGGUCCCUGCAUGCACAGCUUCUAAGUGUUCCGUGUGCUUUUAGCAACAUUAAAGGGAUAAACCCGACCUGAUUUCCGCAUAUAGAGACACUGAGAUCUUGUUUAGCCGAACCUUAUUAAAACAGCCUGCCAUGAAGCCCUGCAUCAAGCCCUGCACUUACAGCAGCAUGGCCUAAGCUCUGGCAGCAAAUCAGAUAUUACCAUUGCAUCUCACAACAACAGCUCUCUGAGGAUUGUGACGCUAAAAAGGGGAUGCUUAACAGGGUUGGCCUUAAUUAAAUCUCAGAUAUUUCACUGCUAUAGUUUGCUUUCUGGGCUCAGUCUUGCAGUUGGCAGGAGAAAGAUGUCAGAAUCAUCUAUGCAGGAGAAACACUUCACACACCGGAUUUGAACACAGUCUGGCCUGACUUUUCUCUAAGGCAAGAUGGACAAAGAACCUUCACUGAGACAAGUUAGUGCCUUGCUUUUCUGCUCGGUCACAAUUGUACCCACCAGCCUCCAGCAGGGACUGGGAGCUGUGUGUCACUCAGCCACUGACUCAGCUCUACCAGGCAGGUGAGCAAAGGCUCAGGGCUCCUGGGGACGCUCUGGUGAUUCACUUGACUUUGACUCAGGAGGAAGCUGGUUCCUGAGCUCUGUAGAGCAGGAAAGGGGCUGCUCAGAGCCCUCAGGAAAACUGCAUGCACUCCUCACUUCUCUCUUUGCCCAGGAAUCAGGGCUUUGUGGUGGCCUGUUGUGCACUAGACUGAAUUGGAGCUGCACUCUGUCCAGUUGAAUCACACCAGAGCAAAACCCUUUGCUCUCUGGGGCCUGACUCUCUAGGCACACCUGGAGGCACCGUACAGCCCCAGAGCUUUAUGUUACAGUGCAGUGAGGUAUCAAAUUGUGAACAAACCCUAGUAUUUACUAGUGUGCAUGAGGGCUUGCUUCUCCUGGGAGGAGUGGGAUGUAUUUACUUUUCUGUUUGUUUAUACUGUACAGCUCAGAUAUGUAUAAUAAACUUCUUGUGCAGAUAAUAACACAGCAUGGCACCUGCUUGACAGGGGGCAGAUGAGAAACGCUCGUGGUGUCAACAAUAAACUGGAUUGAUAAAUC